AGAGUUUCCCCCCCAGCAUUGUGAUUAGCCGUUAGCUCUUAGCUGCGGCGUUAGAGCCUAAAAACCCGGUUUUACCCGGUAUUUGUGCGGCGGCGGCGGCAUGGCCCUGCGUCUCCUGGUCCCCCCGCUCCGUCUGCUGACCGGGUCCGUGUGGCGGGUUCUGCAGCGCCGCAGCGUGGGCCAGUACGGGAUGCUGGAGGACUUCGUCUCCAUGGUAACGGAGGCGGCACCGGACCUGCUGACGGACCGGCAGAGGAGCCUGAUGCUGCUGGCGCUGCGGGCCAAGAUGACGCUCAGCGACCCGGAUGAUGUUCCCGCCCACCUGGAGAGGAUCCGGGCCAUCGCCACGGCAACGCGUGACGAGGACGUUAGCGGCUGCUGCUCCGCUCUGUCGGCUCUGGCCAACCGGCUGAGUCCGGCCGACACGCGGCGCCUCCUGGAGGAGGUUUUCGGCCAGGGCUUCGACUCCGCCCUGCAGGCCCUGGUGGAGGACUUCCUGUCCAGGAUGGAGCAGCUGCUGCCGGUUCCAGACUUCAGACAGGCGGCCUCCCUGCUCGACGGCGCCCCCUCUGUUCUGGAGGACUGUCUGCAGGAAGUGAACAGUAACGACCUGAAGGAGCUGCUGACCAAUCAGAGCUGCGGGGGCGGAGCCACAACCGCCGGUACGACCAAUCAGAGCUGGGGGGGCGGAGCCACAACCGCCGGUACGACGACACCAACCUCGGAGAAGCUCCUCCUCUCCGCCUGGUCCCACCCCCUCCUGGCCCGGCUGACCAAUCCUGAGCCUCCGCUGGCCGAGGCUCCGCCCCCACCCCAGAUGGAGGUGAGGACGGAGGCCGAGCCGGAGCGGCUCCAGGAAGCUCCGCCCCCCCAGGCCGAGGCUCCGCCCCCGGCCAAGCCAGAGGCGUCCAAUCAGAGCCCGGCGGCGGCGGCUAGCGAGGACGGUCCGGUGGCUCAGGUGGAUCCGGACCUGGACAGGACGGACGACGCACCUGGAGACGCCGCCGGCCAAUCAGAGGACGGGUCGUCCUCCCAGGUCAAUCCCCUCCACACCAUUUCCCACAAUUCCCAGCGUGUUGCUCACCGGUGUCCUCACUGUGGGAAAUGUUUCAUCUACCGCUCUCAGGUGAUCCGACACCUGCGCAGCAACAAGUCCUGCCGCUCCGCCGUUAGCAGCGGUGCGACGACCCGGCCGAGUCCCCCGGGAACCCCUGGUACUCCGGGAACCGCGGGAGCCCCUGGUACCCCGGACGGGGAGCCCCACCCCCCGGACACAGAGCCCCGCCCCCCAGAGCCCCCCGAGCCCCGCCCCCUCCGGACUCUGGCCUGCUUCCAGUGCGGCGCUGCGUUCGCGUCGCGGGAAGAGCUGCUAGCGCACCGGCGCAGCCACCAGGCGCGGCCCGUGUUCCGGUGCGGCCAGUGCGACCGCGCCUUCCGGCACCUGUCCAGCCUGACCAACCACAAGCAGACGCACCUGGACAAGGACGGCUACGUCUGCGGCCGCUGCCACCGCGCCUUCGCGUCGCCGCAGGAGCGCGACGCCCACCGGCUGCAGCACCGGCCGCCCGACCUCGCCUGCAGCGUCUGCACGCAGACGUUCGGCUCGCAGACGCUGCUGCUGCGACACCUGCAGACGCACGCCGAGGAGGGCGUCGCGCCGCGCUACAGCUGCCGCUUCUGCGAGCAGAGUUUCCCAGGCGUGACGCAGCUGCGGAUCCACCAGCGCUCGCACGCGUCGCGCUCGUUCCGCUGCGACCAGUGCGGCAAGUCGUACGGCUCGCUGACGGGCCUGAGCGCGCACCGCGCUAGCCACGGCGCCGACAGCCGCUUCCUGUGCCCGCAGUGCGGCAAGCGCUUCAAGACGCGCGACGGCCUGGAGGGCCACCUGCGCGGGCACCGCGGCGAGCGGCCGUUCCGCUGCCGCUUCUGCCCCAAGACCUUCACGGCGCUGGCCGGCCUCAACGUGCACGUGCGGCGCCACACCGGCGAGCGGCCGUACGUCUGCGCCGUGUGCGGCAAGGGCUGGCCGUCCGGCGGCGACCUGCAGAAGCACAUGCGUACGCACACCGGCGAGCGGCCGUACGUCUGCCAGGAGUGCGGCAAGGCCUUCUCCAUCUCCUGCCACCUGACGGAGCACCGGCGCAUCCACACAGGGGAGAAACCGUUCAGCUGCCCCGAGUGCGGGAAGUGUCUCCGGAGGAAGUUCGACCUGAAGAAGCACCUGUUGUCUCACAGCAGCGUCCGCCCGUUCGCCUGCAGCUGCUGCAACAAGAGCUACACCCGGCGGACGCACCUGAACCGGCACCUGCUGACGCACCGGGGGGGGGAGGGGCUGAGUGACAUCACCGAAGGGGAGGGGGAGGCGGCUUAG